UUGCGCAGAGAGAGAGAGAGAGAGAGAGUGUGUGUGUAUAUUUAUACAUAUGUAUAUUUAUACAUAUAUAUAAAGCCAUCGUUAUCAUCAUUACCAUAACAACAACAUGUUGGCCUUUCAUAACGAACAUAUAGCCAGUUGCGCUUUCUUAACCUACUUCAGCCCUGAUAGUAGUAGUACUUCGACUAAUUUGCCAUCAUCGUUAGCCCCAACUGCAGCUAUGGUGGCUGAUAAACCAGCUUUAACUGGGAUGAACCGUGCUUUACAGCUUAAGCCGGCUGAAAGCGAAAGUCGUGGCGAGAGAGAACGCAAACUAUUCGUUGGCAUGCUAAGCAAACAACAAACCGAAGAGGAUGUCAGACAAAUUUUUAAUCCCUUUGGCGCAAUAGAGGAGUGCACUAUACUACGUGGCCCGGAUGGUUCCAGUAAGGGUUGCGCUUUUGUAAAGUUCACCUCACAACAGGAGGCUCAAUCCGCAAUCAACAAUUUACACGGAAGUCAAACUAUGCCGGGUGCUUCCUCGAGUUUGGUAGUAAAAUUUGCUGACACUGAAAAAGAAAGACAAAUCCGGCGAAUGCAACAAAUGGCCGGCCAUAUGAAUCUUUUAAAUCCCUUUGUUUUUAAUCAGUUUGGUCCAUAUGGAGCUUACGCUCAGCAACAACAAGCUGCUUUAAUGGCCGCCGCUGCAACGGCACCAGGCUCAUAUAUGAAUCCUAUGGCCGCCGCUGCUUUGGCCACCCAAAUACCUCAUGGAAUCAAUGGAGCUGGUCAGCCGUCGUUGCCCUCUCCGACUAUGCCCAAUUUUCAAAUGGGCGCUCAAACACCUAAUUGCCAACCAGGUGGUGGUGCUGCAGCAGCGGCCGCUGCAGCUGCUGCUGCUGCUGAUGGUGUUUUUACAAAUGGCAUGGCACCGCAAACUCCCUUCCCAGGACCCCCUUUACACCUAACUAUACCUCCACCACCACCGCAAGGUCUGCCAAAUGGAGAGGCGGCUGCUUUGCAGCAUGCCUUUGCCGGAAUGCCGUCAUUUCCCGGAGUAGCCUUCCCCGCCGUAUUUGGACAAUUUCCACAAGCUUUACCACCACCUAUAGCAGCGGUUGCACCCGCUCAACGUGAAGAUUUUCUGAUGUUCCCAGGAUGUUCGAUCUCGGGCCCCGAGGGCUGCAAUUUGUUCAUAUAUCACUUGCCCCAGGAAUUUGGCGAUGCUGAACUCAUGCAAAUGUUCCUGCCGUUCGGCAACGUUAUCAGCUCGAAAGUGUUUAUCGAUCGAGCCACAAAUCAAAGCAAAUGUUUUGGUUUCGUUUCAUUUGAUAAUCCUGCCAGCGCUCAGACCGCCAUUCAAGCAAUGAACGGUUUUCAGAUUGGCAUGAAAAGACUGAAGGUCCAAUUGAAACGACCAAAAGAUGCGAGCCGACCUUAUUAACAAUCAGAGUUCCUUCAAACGUUACAAUAUCUUCACAAUUCCAUGAACGUGCAAGUAUUUAGCAAACUUUUAAUGCAGUUUCAUGUAUUAAAGCAUCCCGAUAAACAAUUAACAGCCCGCCAUUAUAUGCAGAAUCCUAACCUGCCUCGUUAAACAAAAAAAGCCAUAAAAAUAAAAUAAAAAAUAAAAAAACAUAAAAAAAAAAAUUAAAAAAAAAAAAUAAAGUAAAAGCAAAAAUAAAAAUCAAGCAGUAAGAAAGCAUUAGCAAGUGAGAUAUACAACAAGAAAAUAUGAUGAGACUUGAAAUUACAUUCACACCGAAAAAAAUUUCUUUCUUCUUCUCCCGCAACUCGCCAUCGUACAGUCUCCUCCAUAAGGCAAUUAUAGUUUAACUCACUUUUUUUUAGAGAUAACAUUAUUAUGAAUUAAAAAAAAAUUUAUAAAGAAAAAAAAAACAGUCUUAAAAAAACCCAAAAAUUUAUUAUAGAAUCCUUAUAUUCAAGAUGUUUAUACUACACAUGAUAAAUACAACAACAAAAACAAAAGAUACAACUAAAAAAAAAAAAUCACAAAACAGUAUAUUAAAAAAAA